CGGGAGAAAUCGGAGCUCGCAGCGAGCCCGCUCGGCGCCAGGAGCCGAGUUUCGGCUUUCAGUGGGUUUGUCCUAAAAGAACACUGGUGUUUGUUUCCGUAGGAGAAGCGGGGAGGCGUCCCGAAAUCCCGGUAGUGCAUUGAAAGCUGCUGAAAUUGAUGUGACCUUUUUGAUAAGAAAUGGAUCUUACUGUGCAAGUAUGGUACCAUGAAAGUUUACAAGACUGUUAUCCAUCAUCUUUGACUUCUCUGUGAAAACAGGACAGUACUUGAAGGCUUGACAAAUGCAUCCCAGGUUGAAAAAUUUCUGCAUUCCUUCUCCUCUUCCUCCUUUAGAAAACUGACUUCUUUAAAGAGGUAAGAGAGAAGCAAAAGAAGUAAGAAAAUGCUGGGAUCAGAACGAGGUGUGGUGGAAGAAUGGCUGUCAGAAUUCAAGGCAUUACCUGAAUCACAAAUUUCCAGCUAUGCAGCUACAUUGCACCGAAAAAAACCACUGGUACCAGCUCUUUAUAAGGUCAUUCAAGACCCAAACAACGAGCUCCUGGAGCCUGUUUGUCACCAGCUCUUUGAACUUUAUCGGAGUUCUGAAGUCCGGCUCAAGAGGUUCACGCUGCAGUUCCUGCCAGAGCUGAUCUGGGUUUAUCUGCGUCUCACUGCCAGCAGGGACAGGCAGAGCAAUGGCUGCAUUGAGGCAUUGCUGCUUGGCAUUUACAACCUGGAAAUUGCUGACAAAGAUGGAAAUAACAAAGUUUUGUCUUUCACCAUCCCUUCAUUAUCUAAACCCUCAAUAUAUCAUGAGCCCUCUACCAUUGGAUCCAUGGCUUUAACUGAAGGAGCACUGAGUCAGCAUGAUCUUAUCAGAGUGGUUUACAGUGAUCUUCAUCCUCAAAGAGAAACCUUCACAGCACAGAACAGGUUCGAGGUGCUGAGCUUUCUAAUGCUGUGUUACAAUUCAGCUAUUGUCUACAUGCCUGCUUCUUCUUACCAGUCACUUUGUACGAUGGGUUCCAGGCUGUGUGUGAGUGGAUUUCCACGGCAGCAUGAGAAACGCUGGAAAGAGCACUGUGGUAGAGUGGUGUUAGACCCUGACUUCAUGGUGCAGCUGCUCACAGGUGUCUAUUAUGCCAUAUAUAAUGGUCAGUGGGAGCUUGGCCAGGAGGUAUUGGAGGACAUAAUUUACAGAGCACAGCUUGAACUCUACUCACAGCCCCUGCUGGUUGCAAAUGCCAUGAAGAAUUCGCUGCCUUUUGAUGCUCCUGAUGCAUCACAAGAAGGCCAGAAGGUACUGAAGGUAGAAGUUACUCCAACAGUUCCAAGAAUUUCUCGGAGUGCUAUUACAACAGCUUCUAUCCGUCGUCAUCGCUGGAGGAGAGAAGAUGGCUUUGACUUCUCAAUCGAGGCUGACUCAAGCAUUCCUGGCUCACCGAUCCAACACGGCUGCACAGACCUAGGGAUCAAACGUGAGCAAGAGGGGGAGGUGCUGCUGCGCAGGACCCCUGAGCAUGGCUUCCCGGAGCCCACCUUGGCAGCAGCCACACCAGAGGAUACUGAAGGUGUAAAUGGAAGAGAGGAGUCUGUAAACCUUAAUGAUGCUGAUGAAGGCUUUUCAUCGGGAGCUUCCCUCAGCAGCCAGCCAGCUGGGACCAAACCUGUAUCCUCUGUAUCCCAGAAGAGCAGCUUAAGGAAAACAGCAAGUGGGCGUUCUGCUAAGGAGAAAGAAACCUCUUCUGCAGCAAAAUCCAAUGAGAGCCCUCGGGAUUCAGUAGCUCGAAAGCAGUACACGCACCAAUCCUGUGACCUGGAUGGAGAUAUAAUUGAGAUGACACCUACUAAGAAACACCUCAGCCUGCCUGCUGGGCAGGUAGUGCCAAAAGCCAACAGUUUGGGCCUGAUCAGGACCGCCAGUGCUUCCUCCAGUAAAUCAUUUGACUAUGUGAAUGGCAGUCAGGCAGGCUCCAGUGUUGGAGCUGGCACAGAGGGUUUUACCAGUCUAGCAGCUGGCAACACCAAUCGGUUUUCAACUAUCAGCCUACAGGAGGACCGGCUAGGCCAAGCUGGGGAAGGUAAAGAUCUCCUUUCCCCAGGAGCUCCCCUAACCAAGCAGUCUCGAUCUCCAAGUUUCAAUAUGCAGCUGAUAUCCCAGGUGUAACUUUGACUCCCUUCCUUAGUAUUCCCUCUUCCCUCUUAAUCCCUGGCAAGUUCAUCUGUAGGCAGAACAUGAACCAUCAUCCCACAGUGUGAAAAUACUGACUGUUGUGAUCUCGUUUCAUUUGGUUUAGCUAUCAUACUGUAUUACUGAAACAGCAAUAAUUCUUCCCUCACUUUCAUCCUCCUUCCCCCUUGUAAACAUGGUUGUGAAGCAGUAUAUCAUGUACUGUAUGCCUUUUUCCAUGCCUUCCUUUCUCUUUGGGUGAUGUGCAAUCCAUCGUAGGCUGAUCAGUCCCAUUUCAACACUGUGAGACUGGAGACACCGGCGGAAAUGGUGAAUGUGAUCCCUAUGAGAUGAUGCUUUGGCUUUGUUAAGAAAUAGAAACGGGUUUGUUUUCUCGGUCUACAGUACUGCAAAGACUACUGGAUCCUGACUUGUCUUUCUCAGAACCAGGAGUGCCUCAGAGAUUCUAGUGUGACUUUGGACCUCUCUGAGUCUGUGCAAUCAAUUCUGGGGAGGGGAUUGUCAUUGCUGCUCCUGGCUGCCUACAGCACUUUUUUCAUUAAAUGAGGGUAGUUUUCUCUUGACUGCCCCCAGUCUCUCAUCCCAGAAACUUUUGAUGUUCAGCAACUGAGACAUGCAUAUUAAGAAGCUGUAUUCCCUCGGAGACAGGAUUCUAGGUUGAUAAUGUAGGUUACAAUGCACUGCUAAUGGCGUUGUAGCCAUUUGUAAUGUUACAUGUCUUCCCCUCCAGGACACAGGGUCAUUCUGCAUUUAGACUAAAAGUUAGAUGCCACCGUGCUGUUAAGGCAAUUUGGUUUGUAUGUGGGAAGGAGACACUACUUCCCCAGGAAAUAAUGGCUAGCUCUGCUUCAUUUUUGUUGUUGCUGUUUUUGUUGUGAGGUGCUGAUCACCGAAUUGAAAGGUGUAUUCGGGUAAAGAGUAUUUCUCAGGCUGCUGUCUUUUGUACCGUGGCUGUUGGGACACCCCCACCCCUUUCAGCUACUUUCUCAAUCUCCCAGAAUUCAGUGGUGGAGUCAUUUGAGGAAUCCUAUAGUUCAGACAGACCGUACUCUCAAGGUGCUGUCUCAGGGAUAGAGACAAUAUUUUGCUAGGAACACUGAAGUUUCAAUGUGAAAUGCUUUUCUAGCAAUGCCGUUUGUGCAAAGGGGUACUGACAGUCCAUUUUUUUUUUCCCCAGAAGGAUCACACUUCAUUGCCUUGGUAUAUAUAAUCUUUUGAGGUUUUUUAACUCUCCUUUUUUGUGGAUUGGCCCUGCUCUAGAAAAUGCAGAACUCAUACCAUUGAACCAGGCCUCGAAUGUAUAUGACUGGUGUGUGGGCACUGGCUGGUACUUAUGUUAGAGAACACUGCUUAGAAGCACAUUUCUGGUUAUUCUGGAGGAUGUUUGUCAUUCUCUCUCCAUCUCUCUGUAUCUCUGUUUGGAGUGAUAGACAAGGGGAAAGUUCAUCCUCUCUGCUCAAGUCCUGUAGAUAUCCUGGAAGUUUACAAACUGUAAACCUUCAGGAAAGAGUUACAAUUUUUAUGUGGGCACUUUGUUUCACUGUCACUGUGAAGGAUAAAUGUAAGCAGUUCCAAACAGGCUGCCUUUGAGUGAUACUCUUUAAGAUAUUCAGAAUAAUGAAUGACGUGGUGUGGUAUUGAUAGUUGAUUUUGGUGGGGAUUUUUUUUUAAGCUUUAUUUAAAAGAGACUUUUUUUCAAAUUGACAUUAAAAUUCAUUAAAAUGUUUUAAGAUUUUUUUGUGGUUUGAUGAGUCACUUUGCUAGCCUAGUCUUCAUAUCAUAUAUUCAUAAAGUGAAUUUAGUGGCAUCUGAUGUAGAAAUUCAGGUAAAGAGUAAAUAGAGUCAUCAGAAUGACUAUUUAAAAACCUGACAGCUUCUAAAUGGAAAAUAGUUUUUAAGGACCACCAGUCAUGCACAGAUGGAACUAAGGCAAUGCUGAGAUGAAGCUCCAAGGUUUACAUUUCUGUAAAAAUAUCAAAAGCUGUAUAUGGUUAAAAUCUUCGUUAUAAAAUAAAAUUUUCCUAGUGGAGACAAUUGGUAAGUCAUGACUGGAAGUACCGAGUUUAUACUUUGUAGAGACUAUCAGAAAGGAAGUUUGCUUAAAUAUUUGGGAAAGAAAAGGUCAGGAGUGUCAGGUAAUUUUCUAAGAAUUACUUAAAUUUAGUAUUUUAAAAGGUAAAGUUGUUCAUUAGCAAGGUUCUUUACUUUCUAUAUUUGUCAUUAGAUGCAUUUCUCCAGAAGUUUUAGGGCACUUAAUUGGCAUCAGGUCAAAUUUUACAACCUUUUUUAAAAGCAGUUUUGUUUCUGUGGGGUCCCACACUACAAAAACUAUUUCAGGAAAGUGAGAUGGCUUUACUGACUUCAGAUAGGGAGGUCAAAUGUACAUGUGUAAAUUCAAAUGGUCAAAAACUUCAGUCAAACUACCUUUUAAAUUAUUUUUACACUUCUCAUUUUGAUCAUGUGCCUUUUUUUCUGGUUUCAUUCAUUGUGUUUUGGUUUGUUCUUGUGUAUAUUUACCUACUCCAUAUCAGACUAUUUGAAAAGAGUUCAAAUUUAUCCCUGUUAAAAAAAAUAUGGUUUUUUUUCUGCUGAUGUGGUACAUCUGUGACUUCUCAAAAAUUACCCUUUCAGUGCAGUGUUUCAGUUGUGGGAGCUUGUUCUGUUGUUUUUCAGCCAAGUACUGUUGAACAUUUACCUUCCCAAUGGAGUCAUCCCAAGUAUCUCCAAGCCAGCUGUAGUAGGAGCCUCUGCAGUGCUGUGUAUUGUGUUGGUCAUUACUGCUGUGUUUCAAACCACUCUAAGGUGUGGCAAUGUCAUAGCAAAUCUUUAUACAUUAUGUUCAGUGCAUUCCAAAGUACUGUGACAGAAAUAAAAUUAAAAGUGUUUGGGAAAUGGGUGGAGGGAAUAAUCUGCUGGGUUUCUGAUUAUAUAUGCUAAAUACUAAACAAAGUACAAAACAUACUUAAAUUUUCUGACACCUGUGACAAAUGUUUAGACUUAAAUCAAACCUCCUUAUCCUAAAUGCACUCUGCUGAGUUCUUUUAGAACAUUUGGUACUGGAGGCACUAGGUUUAGAUUUCUGCACUGUUUGAGUGCAACUGCAACAUUAUAAAAGGACAAGAAGCAGAAAACUAUGAUUUUCCCCUCCAUAUAUGUGCAAGCAUGCACAUACAUGGAAUUCUUAGGUGAGGAAGGGUAGAUUCUGAUGUAUCCAUACACUUCAGUAGGGAAAAAUGAAAUGUUCCUUGAUACACAUCACAAUAUGCUGUCAUUUUGCAAUAUAUUUUUUUUUUACUUUAUCAUUUUAAGAAAAUACAAAAUGUUGGGAUUGUGAACUCUAGCUUGAUUAUCCUUUUCAGGGAUUUAUUGUGAGCAGCUUUUUGGUUGAAAGGCAUUUGAAAGGUGAACCAUAUUUUCAUUCAGCAGAGAGCAAAGUGAUGCAGUAAAAAUACCUAUUAAAAUUAUUGUUGCAAAAUGACCGUUUCAAUUUCUGUAUUAUCCCUUUAGUUUUCAUUUGGAAAAUUUUACAAAAUACAUACUUUGGUAUCACUGUCCAUUUUAAAUGCAGUUUUCUUUGAACACCCUUUCUGAUGUGAAUUUGAAGUUUUUUAACAGUAUACUUCAUUCUGUAAUGCUGAACAUAAUGUUGCAGCCAGUAAGCAUUAGAUCUAGUAUUUGUAGUUUGCAAGUGUGUUGGUCUUAAAUGCAUUCCCAACAUACUCCUGUUAGCUUUAACGUAAUUAAAGUCAUCAAUAUAGUGAGAAAAAAAAAAAAAAAGAUAUUUUCUGACAAAGUAUUUAUUUGCACUACUUAUGAAUACUGGAGUUUACUGGGACAGGGUUUUUUCUCACCAUGUGAGGUUUACUUGUGUGUGAGUAGGUGCAUACAUUUGUCACGUGCUGACAAUCAAUUGCCUCAACUGUGUGUAUACUGUAUGUAAAUAGGAACGUAUUUUUCAAGAUUAAGGGGGAAACCUGCAUCUUAGUGCUGGUAAAGCUACUCUGCAGUAAGGUGACCCCAACUCUGCUUUUUGUCUUCAGAUACUAUGUGGUUUGUUUUACUUCUUUAAUGAAGUUUAUUAGUGUUCUUGGAAAAUUGUAGCUCCAGGGAAAUUUUCCUCAAUAUUUAAUGUAUAACAUGUUCAGAGAACUAUAUUUUGAAAAAUUAAUUUUGGAAUAGAUAAUUCUAUGCUAUGGCUGUAUUUUAACCUAAGAGUUUGAACUUGUCCUAUUUUAUCGUGAACCAAUGGCUAUCUCCUCUAAGUGUUCAGCAUUUUAACUUUGGUCACAAACCAGACAUGUUUAUCUUGGCUUACAAAUUUAAAUUAAUUUGAAGACUAAAAGAGAAUCAAGAAUAACUUUUUGAAUAAAAUCAUAAAAACCAAGCUGCACAGUAUAGGUACUGCGCUCAUAAUCCUAGAGGAGGUGGGGAAAAUAGAAUAGAAUAUGUUUGAAUGAAACAUGUACUGCACACGAAAGAAAUUAUUUUGAUGUUAGUAGAUCUAAUAAUCUUAUCCUUAAAUUCUCUCACUGCCAAAGAUUUUGCUACCUUGGCAUGUUUAACAUGACAUUAAAGCCAUCAGCUAGAUGUCAUUUGUAACAAGUAUUUAUAUCAUAGGAAUAUUUUUCAUUGGAAGAGUAAAUGUACCUCUUUUAUUUCAGUUUCUUGUUUAGGAUUAUUGCAGGACUAAAGUUGCAAAAUAUCACUCCUUUUCAAGCAUGCUAAGCAAACAAGCCAGAUCCUCUGUACUUGCAUCACAUUCUUGAUUUAUAUAAUUUUUUAUAUUUUAUAUUGUCCUCAGUAUUUUAAAUGCUGUUCUAGCAUUUUUUAAAUUUUAAAUUUUAAUUUAAAAUUUAAAUUUUAAAUUUUCUAGCAGUAUUUUAAAUUUUGUUCUAGCAUAUGGGCCUUAAUCUCUGUUCAUUAUUUUUAUUUUUUCCUAACUGGCACUUGGAUAAACUUUGCUGUUGAAAAGUUUUCUGUUGGUGAUUCGGGGUAGUAAAUCAGGACAUGGGUGUUGUGUUAGUGAAUACAUGUAUCAGUCUAUCAAAAUUUCUGUCAUGGCCAGCUGAAGAGACAAAAUACUUGCCUGCCUCUUCCACAGUGGUGGAAGAUGAUGGUGAGCUGUGAGUAACUUGGUUUAUUCCUGGAAAUAGGAAGUAGAUUUUGCAAGACUGAUACUUACCAGGUUUCCCAUGUAGUUAUUAUGAAAUUUUAUUUAAAAUAAAUCUUGGAACAAGAUUUUAAAACAACUGCCAGCCAUUUUAGAUAAACUUGCCUAGUAGGUUUGUCAAGUGUCAAGGCCUGUGAUAUUAAAAGUUUAGAAGAAAGCUGUGCAAGUCUUAAGGGUACCUUACUGCUUCAGAAAAAGAUUAAGAAAAAUCUGUCCCAUUUUAAUCCUUUGUAUUUGAGAUUUAAUGAAAAAAAAUACAAUUUUGAUUCCAUCCUUUCACUUAUUUUUCUCUAGGCUAUACUUUUUCCUGAAUUUUAUUUAACUGUGUUCAUCAGAUUUUACCAAAGGUAGUAUCUGAGGGACCAGUUGAAUUAAAAAUGGGUCCAUAAAUUGUCCCUUCUAUCAUAAAGGAUUCUUAAGGUUUUCCUGUGAGGAGCUUGAUGGGAACAGAUGUAUAUUAAAGCUUUGUAUCCAUACAGUAAAACGUUGCCCUGCAUUUUACCUUGUGCAUGAUGAGCAGAGUGAUGAGAUCAACUUUUAUUGAGCAGCCACUUGGGCGUGAGCUCCCAGCGUUUUACAGUCUGUAAGGUUUAAGUGGUUUAGAGAAGACUGUCUUUGCAUUCUGAUGCAACUUUUUAAUGAGUGAUUAAUAAUCUGUUCAGGAGUCAACAUUCAAAUUGCUUUAAAAUGUGGUUUGGAAUUCUCACAGGUUUUGAUUUUAGAGGGCAAAAUGGUCAGGGGGAGAUUUCUGUUUAGAAGUAUCUGCUGGUAAAGUGUCUCUAUGGUGCUUUGUCAUGGAAACUUCUUACAAAUCAGUAGUGAAUCCUAUGUGUUUGAGUCCUCAUCCUCCCCAGAACUGAUCAUGAAACAGAAAAAGUAGAGCAACCUUUUACCUUUAGUUCUAAAACAAAUACUUGGGAGUAACAGAAAUACUGGCUAUUGACACUGUUCUUUCUGUUUAGACAGUUACUGUGGUCGUGCUAGAAUUUCAUGUUAUUAGUUUAUGAAAAAUGCAAGUAGUAAAAACUUUGUGGCUUCAAGUAUACAGUAGAUGUGAGUUAACAACCACUCAGGAUAAAUCAACAUGUCAAAAUAGUAAUAGAUUCCUAGUACUGGGGUGUGUGAUGUGUGUGUGUGUGUGUCAGUGUUCAAUGAUUACUUCUGUUUUCUUGCACAUAGUAAAUACUUUAGGGGUGGGUAUUCCUAGCUGGUUAUUUAUGGACAAAUACCAUAUGAUUAAAUAAAACAGAGUCAUUUAACACUUUUUUCAUAUUGAAGAUUCCAGGAAAAAGCUAAUAAAGAUUUUUAAUAAUCAGCUGCUCUUAAUACAUUUUAGAUUUACUAUGAUAGCUUUUAUUUGCUAUUAGAAGACCCCAACAGCUAAAUUGAUAUAUACCCCAUGCUGCAUUUUUUAAAUUUGUAAUUCCUGUACUUGACAAUGAGAUUUUUGAUCUGUUUUUGUCCUUGUAAGAAUACAGGACUUGCUCUCAGUUUUACUAGCAAAAAAAAAUAAAUAAAAUAACACAUUCUGCGAGGAUUAAAAGAUUAUUUUCUUACUUUUUCCGUCAUACCAAGUUUGUUUCUCUGAACUAAGGUUUCUGAGGAUUUUUACUACUUUAGCAUUAUUUAAUCUCAUAGAAGGAGCAUAAGCAGCACAUAGCCCACUUCUGUGGACACAAGGCUAGGCAAAAGGACAUGGCUUGGUGGUGUGAGCCCCUCUUGACCAGCACAGCCCUGCUUGCUGGUGUGAGCCCCAGACCUUCGAGAUUCGGUACUGGUGAAGGACUAAAUCAAACAGGUUUUCAAUAACCGUGACCUCUGCUGUAUGAUGUCCUUUAACCUGGGGACCAGGGAAAGUCUUCAUUCUUAGUCCUGAAGAAGGCACGUAUUGAAGAUCAUGUUAUUGGUGCAUGUAAGCCAUUAUCUUAACUGUCUUACUGAGCUGGUUCAUGCUGUUGACUUGUUGAAAUGUGAAAUGUAGUUACUAUUGACUUUGUAAAUACCUGCCAGAGAAGAAAUAUAAUUAUUUUAAAUCAUUGUAAAUAGAGAUGUAUAAAACUCGACACAAUCUGCAAUGCAGAAAAAAUUAUAUAUAUAUAUAUAUAAAUAUAUAAAGAUGUUAAAUAAAUAUCGUGCUGUUUCUGAACAAAAA